AUGGGUUCCGUCCUUCUCCCGCACUUGCCAUCGGGCUGGCACGUCGACCAGGCCAUCCUCUCAGAGGAAGAACGUGUUGUUGUGAUCCGCUUCGGCCGUGACCAUGACCCGGACUGCAUGCGCCAGGAUGAGACGCUCUUCAAGAUCGCCGAGCGCGUCAAGAACUUUGCCGUCAUUUACCUCUGCGACAUCGACCAGGUGCCUGAUUUCAACGCCAUGUACGAGCUCUACGACCCGUGCUCCAUCAUGUUCUUCUUCCGCAACAAACACAUCAUGUGCGACUUCGGCACCGGCAACAACAACAAGCUCAACUGGGUGCUUGAGGACAAGCAGGAGCUCAUCGACAUCAUCGAGACGGUGUACCGGGGCGCCAAAAAGGGCAGGGGUCUGGUGGUCAGCCCCAAGGAUUACAGCACGAGGCACAAGUAUUAA